ACUCUACUUUCUUACUCAUUCUUGUUGUGUUCAUAAAUCAUAAGUACGGAGACACCGUUACUCUCAAUAGAUUAAUGUUUCAUAGGUACGUAGGUUGUUGUAUUGUAUAGAAUGAAAAUGACCAAAAUUUUGAUAAUUGGUGCCACGGGAAGUCUCGGUUACCAUUUAGCAGAAACAAGUCUCAAAUUUUGUCACCCAACAUUUGCUCUUAUUAGAGAUUCUGCUUUUUCCGACCCAAUCAAAUCCCAUAAACUUCAAUGUCUUUCCAAUGCCGGAAUUACCCUUCUCAAAGGUUCUCUCCAAGAUGAAACAAGCCUGGUUGAAGCUGUCAAAUUAGUAGAUGUUGUAAUUUGUGCUGUUUCAGCUAAACAGACUCUACAGCAAAAGCUUCUCAUCAGGGUUAUCAAACAACUUGGUUCUAUCAAGAGAUUCAUCCCAUCUGAAUUUGGCUCAGAUCCUACCAAAGCUAAAGUAUGUGAACUUGAGGAUGGCUAUAAUUUCUAUGCACCCAAAAUUGAAAUCAGAAAACUCGUGGAAGCUGAAGGCAUUCCACAUACAUUCAUAUCCUGCAAUUUCUUUAUGAAAGUUUUGCUUCCUUCUCUUGUUCAACCAGGCUUAAAAUCUCCUCCUAGGGACAAAAUCACGAUAUUUGGUGAUGGCAAUACAAAAGGUGUGUUUAUGCAGGAAAGUGAUGUUGCUGCUUUCACUAUCAAUGCAGUUGACGAUCCUCGCAUGUUGAAUAAAGUUUUGUACUUGAGACCUCCAGGAAAUGUUUGUUCUUUGAAUGAGUUGGUUGAGAUUUGGGAAACUAAAAUAGGGAAGAAGCUUGAGAGGUUGCAUGUCUCAGAAGAAGAGCUACUUGAGAAAAUCAAAGCAACAACUUUCCCUGCAAAUUUCGAGAUGCUUUUUAUAUAUUCAGCUUUCAUAAAGGGAGAUCACACAUACUUUGAUAUUGAAUCAUCAUCUGGUGCGAAUGGUACUGAACUAUAUCCACAGCUGAGAUAUACCACAAUCAGUGAAUUUUUAGACACACUUGUGUAGACUUUGUUUUUAGUAUUAACUGUCUAGUUCCCAGGAGAAUGGAAACCCUGGUAAUCCAGAGUUCGACCAUCGUAGACUUUGUUUUCAGUAUUAACCCUCUGGUUCCCAGGGGAAUGGAACCCUGGUAAUCCAGAGUUCGACUGUGUGUAGACUUUGUUUUCGGUAUUAACCCUCUAGUUCCCAGGGGGAUGGAACCCUGGUAAUCCAGAGUUCGACCAUGUGUAGAUUUUGUUUUGGAUGUUUGGAAAAUGAACACAUAUUUGCCUUGAAAA